AUGGAGAUCGAGCAGCAAGCCCCCCCUGGUCCCGGCCCUGCCAGCGGAGGAGGGGAUACCCCCGUUGCCAUGACAACCCCCGUCCCCGUCGCCCUGCCGAUGCCUCCUGCAGCCCCCGUCGCCGUGCCGAUGCCCCCUACAGUCCCCGUCGCCGUGCCGAUGCCCCCUACAGCUCCGGUCGCCCUGACGAUGCCCCCUGCAGGCCCCGUCGCCGUGCCGAUGCCCCCUACAGCCCCCGUCGCCGUGCCGAUGCCCCCUACAGCUCCUGUUGCCGUAGUGACCAGCCAGCCGCCCCCCUGUGAGACGCCGCCGGACUCCUUCCCCUGCCUCAGACCGCUGUCGCUGCCCAAACCCCCCCAGCACACACACACACACACCGCACCCGAGGUGGUGGUGCUCGUCAAGGACAAGACAGAGAACGACAGGGAAACAGGACAACAGGGCAGUGGGUUGGUUGGCAUGAAGAAGAAGAGGAGUGAGUCUCUAAAAUAUCACCGCUCGUCCGAGUGCACGUCCCCGUCGGGCUCCUUCGUGUCUCGGGGCCCCCCGCGCCGCAGCCACUCCAUCCCGCACCCCCACCACCACCACGCGCCGCAUCACGUGGGCCGCACCCGGGCCGGCAGUCGGAGCGGCUCGGUGGCGUACACCGCCUUCACCCCGCGGCCCUCCAUCUCCCGCCAUUCCUCCAUCGCCACCAGCAACGGAGCCAUCGACACCAGCAAACCCAGAGACUACCUGCUGUUGGCGAUCAUAGCCUGCUUCUGCCCCGUCUGGCCAAUCAACAUCGUCGGGUUCACCUACUCUAUUAUGUCUCGUAACAGUCUGGAGCAGGGUAACGUGGACGGAGCACGGCGUCUGGGGCGCGUUGCUAAGCUGCUGUCCGUGGUGUCGCUCAUCGGAGGAGUCGGCAUCAUCAUCGCCUGUGCUGUCAACCUCUCUAGUGAGUAG